CAUGCCACUGCAAAUCAUCUUGGUUUGGUUAGAGCAAAUCAUCCGUGGAGGACAGCCUCGUCCAUAGAGAAGCAUCGACUUGGUUUCCUCCUUUCUGCUCUUGGUUUCGACCUUUGCAACCUGAUUGUCUUCACCCCAAUGACUAUCGAGAUGAUGAAGAAGAGGCACAAAAUUGAAAGAGAUAUAAACAUCGGUGACGAAGUCGGAGUUUCAAAGAAUAUGGAAGCGGCAAAAUCCAAUGCAAAACUCAAGUCUAUGAACAAAAAGUUUGGAAUGAUCCAUGGUUUGUCUUCCCUUGCUAACCUCAUGGCAUCCGGUAGCCUGGCCAUCCAUUCAUGGUACUUGGCCGGCAAGCUGCAUUUCCAAACUCAAAAAAGUUAGAACAUCUGUGGUCUCAACCAAUUUAUUCAUCCGCACAUAUGUAUUGAUUAGAUGCAUGAUUCACCAUUUCCCUACUGGUUCUGGUGAGAAACCUUUAUGAAUUUAUAAAAAUUAUGUUACAUCAGAGAGUGUUACAGAAACUCCCAUCUGUUUUGUUCCUUUGAAUGG